UUCCAGUUUUACUUGACAAACGCAUUUGACAAGACUUUGCGAAUACUCUGCUAUCGGAAGUUUAUCCUCUGAUAUUCAAUUAAAUCUACGAAAUACAGUAAUCAGUUGUCUGUUAUUAACUAGAUCCUUAAGCCAGCGACCACAAAUUGUGUAAUUAUGUUUACAUAAAACCCAACCGAAUCAGUAGAGUGAGUUGAUAGUAGAAAAUUAAUACACACCACACUUUCUUCAUUGAUUUAUUGUGAUGAACGCUUGAAAAGGCUUCAAAUGGCACACUCUAGUUUGAUUUACAUAUACGUGCUAGUGUCUUCCCUACAGUACUUAACAGUAAGUUCAAUCAAGUUGUCCGAGUCAGAGUUGAAAAAUUUUUUCGAUAACGAAUACGACCAAAAUGAAACACACUGGUGUACAAAACUUCAAGAAGCGAAUUGGGAUUUUGAGUCAGAUUUAGAGAACAGUGACGCCGAGGAAGCCUUGGUGAAUGUGAUUCUGCAAGCUGCGGAAUAUAACAAACGAAUAUGGGGGAUGUACUUCAAGGACAUCUCCGUAGAUGACUAUAAAGAUCCGGAUUUGAAGAGGAAAAUAAUGUUGGCUAAAAUGUUGGGGAAAUCAGUCCUGGAUAAUGAAAAGCUUGCUGAGCUAACCAAUAUAACCAAUAGCAUGAUGGAAAUAUACAGCACCGGUAAAAUAUGUCCAUAUAGAAAUCAAAAUUGUGACCUUUCUACCGAAGGUUUGAACCUAGAUCCAGGAAUUAAUUGGUUAUUUUCCUCUUCGAGAGAUUACAAAGAACUGUCAUAUGCUUGGAAGUCUUGGAGAGAUCAAACUGGUGCCAAGAUGCGAGAUCUUUUCGAAAGAUAUGUGAAUUUAUCCAACGAGGCUUCUGUUCUCAACGGAUACAACGAUAACAGCGAAGAAUGGUUGGUACUCUUCGAAUCGCCAGACUUCAUCAAGCUGAUCGACGACUUGUGGCUGCAAGUCGAACCUCUCUAUGCCGAGCUGCACAAAUAUGUUGCGCACAAAUUGAAGGUCCGAUACGGGGACGCCUUGGACGUUUCAGACGGACUCCUUCCCGCCCACGUAUUGGGCAACAUGUGGGCGCAGGAAUGGACCAACAUCGAGGAUAUCGUCAAGCCUUUUCCUGACGCGAAGGCUCAUAAUGUGACAGACGCACUUAGGAGGAAAGGCUUCACGGCAGUGAAGAUGUUCGAGACCUCGGACGAUUUUUACAAGUCCCUAGGUCUUUUGCCGAACGAUAUGAGUUACGACACUGACAAAGGCGCCAUCAUUGAGAGGCCUAAAGAUGGCAGGCAGAUUGUGUGCCAUGCCAGCGCUUGGGAUUUCUGCGACAGGAAGAAUUUCAGAAUAAAGAUGUGCACAAAUCUGAACGCCGAAGACUUCAUCACCAUCCACCACGAGAUGGGACACAUCCAGUACUUCCAACUGUACAAAGACCAACCUGUGAUUUAUCGCGAGGGGGCAAAUCCUGGUUUCCACGAGGCUAUCGGAGAUACCAUCGCGCUUUCGGUGGACACUCCCAAACACCUCCAUAAAAUUGGCCUGAUCGACGAAUACAAGGACGAUUACGAAACGUCCAUAAACGCCCUUAUGUCGAUCGCCCUGUCUAAAGUGGCCUUUCUACCGUACGGUUUGCUGCUGGAUAAGUGGCGUUGGGACGUUUUCAAAGGAAAGGUUUCUAUGGAUAACUGGAACUCGCAUUAUUGGAAGUACCGUAAGCAGUAUCAAAGGAUGAAGCCGCCAGUUGAGAGGUCCGAGGAGGACUUUGAUCCUGGCGCGAAGUUCCACGUUGCUGGGGAUGUACAAUAUAUCUCGUACUUUGUAGCACAUAUUACCCAAUUCCAGUUCUUCAAGAGUUUGUGUAUAGCUGCUGGCGAAUAUGAUCCGAAGAUAAAAGACAAAGACCUGCACAAAUGCGACUUCUACCAAUCGAAAGCAGCUGGAGAUAGGCUAAGAGCUGGAUUGUCCCUAGGUACCAGCAAGCAUUGGAGUGUUGCCAUGAAAGCGAUAACUGGUCAAGAGAAAAUGGAUGCAGGUCCACUUUUAGAGUAUUUUGAACCUCUGUACCAAUAUUUGAAAACUUAUAAUCAAGCACACAAUUCAACGAAUUGAUUCCUAUUUACAGCUUUAUAUGUAUUUAUAGUUUUUUAUUUUUUGAACUUUUAUAUUCAGGUUAUACCUAUAAUAUUAAAUACGAAUAACCAUAUUUUUUUCAAUUUUGAUUCUAGUGAAUUAGGCAAUAGAAAACUAGGGAAUUUCACUUUUGUGGAUGAAAUAAAAUAAAGGUCUGUUUACUUUC